UAGCAGCCGUUGAUAUGAGGAAGGUAUUAGAGUGUGGAGACCGGAAUGGGACGGCUAUGUACGUGGAUCUUUCCGUUGUAAGCAGAACGGAACCGAGCACCGUGAUCCGGCUGCAACGAUCUUUGGAAAUGCAUCUACGAGAACACAUGGCGCGACAUGGGACCAUCAGGAUCGAAGUGUACUCUGUGCGGCGCAGAUUGUUUAACAAUAUAUUAUAACAGCUCGUUAAAACAAUUAAAAGUAAAACGUGAUCGCAGGGAAUCGAGCCUGAAACUGAAUAUCCAACAAACUAGAUCGCAAAUAAAUGAUCAAAUUUGUAUAUGCAAAUGUAUUACAACUGAUGCAUUUCAUGCAGAGAAUAUUUGGAUGCCUCGUCGUUCAGGGGUCAACCAUGGGUGGAGUACAAAGUGGAUCCCAUACCCUUGGAGAGGCAUUAUGGGUGCAUGAGAGACAACGACAAAAAUGCCAUCGAGAAGGGGGACGACACGAGGCCAACUCAGCACAGUCCACACAGGACCGCAGGAAGCUCUUGAAACGAACAAGGAGCCUUGCGGUGAUAUCCGAGGACGAAUCUCGACAAGAUCGAGAGGCACAUCACUUCAGGCUGGGACAAUCGACCUUCGAUUUGCCCAGGAGGCAUCAAUUGAUCCCGCGAGCGAAGCUGAUCGAUCGGAACUCUCUGAAGGACAGGCUUUACAAGAGUCAACAACACCUUUCGGAUUCUUACGAACGAUUCAACGAGGCAAAAUCGUACCAUUCAAGAUCGGCUUGCGGUCUUCACUCGAUCCCGCCGGUACUCUCUUCGUUUCCGGAUCCUCUGCCGUACACUCGUGCCAAUCGAUCUGAUCCGGAUCGGUUGAACAUUCUCGAUUGGCCAGAAUCACCGAGACGUUAUCGCAGCGUGCAGACGUUGGACACCGUUAGCGGAUUAGUGGAUAUUGUAGAAGAUAGCUGGCCCGUCGAAGGCAAUCGCAGCAUCGAUUGCAUUUAUACUCAGGUGAAACGUAAACGAAAGGAGCACAGGAGUCUGGACAGCAUCCUGUUCGAGGACGACGGUGAAUUAGAGUACUUCGACGUGUUAAAUCUGUUACCUUUAUCGAACGUGCGUUUGGAGUUUGACGAGGAGGACGCACGAAACAAUAAUCACCCGAGGAAUAACUCAAACUCCGAAGGCAACAAGUUGAAAUCCCUGGAGUACCUGGAAUCACAGUUUGCCGAGGAGAAUUCGACGAGGAGCAACGCCACGGACGAGGAGAAAUGUAAAGAGAGUAGCACGAAGGAGGAUAACAGUUCGCCCGAGAUUCGGGUAGAAUCGUACCAGGAUAAGGACACGAAAGACCCAGAUUCCUUGCAAGGAUCCAGGGAAAACUCAUCGCCCGAACAGACGAAGGAAGAGUGUAAUCUUCGCGACGAUUCCUUCAGCGAACGAGUCUCUGUAAGCCGCUUUAAAAACAAGUCGGAUCGGCGAUAUACGUCGUUGAAGCCAGAUGAGGAGAGGCGCAGCGAAGAGCUAAAGGCCUCCUACGGGAAACAGAUCGAUCGACAGGUCGAGGAGGCGGAAGAUUACAAAUCGAUUUGGAUCUCGGACACCGAAGAACAGGAGGACAUGUCUAGGAGGCCUCAAGUACUCAAGGUUGUCGACAACGACGUGACCAAGAGGCGCCAUCGACGCCUCACCACGGAAAUUGAUCUCAACGCGAAGGAUAAGGUCGAAGGGAAACGGAACGAGCGGAAGGGAUCGAACGGCAGCGUGGACGUCGCGAAAUCGAAUGGGAAGAUCGAGGAACACGAUGCUACCUUGAAGAACACCGAGAACGUGCCCCCAGAAGAGGACGCGACGAAGGCAAGCGUGGAGGAGGCGAAAAAUUUCUUCGAGCAGAAGAAUUCGCAAAAAACGAACGGAAGGAGUAAGCAGAACGAGGGUAGAUUCGAGAGGAUCGUUAAGGAGACGUCGAACAUCCUAGGGAAAGCAUGCAGCGCGGUGAAAGGCAGCUUGGGUUUCGAGGCGAGAUCCGAAAGCUCGGAUCUUGGAUUAGGUUCAGAAUCCGGAAGCGACACGAGGAGGAGAUCCGUCGACGACGGUGUCGACGAGGAUCACUCGGUGACGGAUAAAGCGUCCUCGACAAAGACGAAGGAGAACAAAAAGGUGCACAGCAAUUUGACUCGGUCUCGUAGCUGCGUGGAUUCGAUAGAGUGUCAGGACGACGAGCAGGAGUUCGAUCACGUGCGCUACAAGAUCGUCAAGUCCAACAUGUUCAGUAAGAACAUGUACAACGGGGGACGAGGCGACGUCACGUACGAAGGGCUGAUGCAGUAUUUGCGAGAAUAUUCUUUCCAAGAACUACUGUUGGACAAUAACGUCGUCAUCAUCGAGCCGGUGCGAGCCGAGACCAUAGAGCGUAAACCAGCCACUGUGGGAAAAGCUAGAUCCGAGCCGAGUUGCAAAAUUGCAGGGACCAUACAGAAGAAAACGGACGAGGAGAAUUGCGAGAGAAACUGCGAGAGCGCGGAUAACACCAAAAGUCCGAAGCAGUCGUCCAUCAAGAAACAUUUCUUCUACCACCCCAUUCGAGUGAACCGCGAGCUGAUAGACGAGGAGCUACCCGAUCCGGACACUGUGAGAAACGUCAGAAAGAUGUUCGAGAAUACGCUCAAGAUGAAAAAUAGCAAUGGCACGGAAUUAUCGCGGGACUGCAAGCAUAGAAAGAGCGUCAGUAUGAAGGACUUGAGCACCAUCGACGAUGCUCAGUUCGAGGAGAUAUCGCAGAAGGUGCACGAAGGAACCAGGUCCAGAUGUUCCAGCAGAGCGAAGGAUCUGACCAAACUGUUCGAAAACAUGGAGAAGUCCACGUCGUCGAACGCGUCGGUAGUAGGAGGCAAGGACGAGCUAGAUAGUCCCCGAAGCGAAUCAAAAACGAGGAUGCUGGCGCAGUCUUUCGAGGCCAGGAGUGGUCACACGUCCCCCAGUGACUCGACUUCCUCGAAAAACAAAGUGAACCGUUAUCACCAUCAUCAUCAUCAUCACAACUGGGACGCCGGUAGCGUGAGUUCCGGGGUGUCCAGCGAUUACCCCGACACGGACCCAGGCAGCGGUGUGCAUUGCAUCUCGUCGGAAGACGAGAUCGACUGCCACGAGGACGAGGGAAACGAUACGGGUGGUUCGAGCCACUACGUGUCCCAGGACGUGCUGAAGAAGAUCCGCGAGUGCGGUACCUCGGUCACCUACUACGGGGGCAAGGUGGUGAACUCCAGCAACGGACCACUGAUCUCGCCGUUGGUCGGCAACAGGUUCAAGUGUAUCGACAGGUCGAACGAUUACGUGAAAUUCCGACUGGUGAAGAGCAACUCCUGCGACAGUAGGUUAGAGCUGACCGGGAGGUUGGUGGAGAAUCACCUGAGGCAUCGCAACCGCGAGAAGACGGCGGACCUGAGUCAGUACACCAUCGCCGAGACACCCAGUAUCGAGAUCACCACGUUGGAGAAGCAGGAGAAGGAGGAUCAGAGUGCCGGCGAGGAGAUUAAAAGAUCGGAGACGAAGAGAGAACCACCCGUGGUGAUCGGAUUGGAGCCGAAGAAGGACGAGAACAAGGAGACCAAGAGCUUCAAGGCUGACUUCAAACUGGGUAACCUGGAGGACGCGAAAUCGACUUAUCCCAGCCGAUUCAUCGGCAGUGCCCUGACCAGGUGGCAGGUGAACGAAAAUAAUUGGAGGACCCACGACGAUUUCGGGAAGAUGGAGUUCGAGGAAUUCGAGGUGCUCGAGGACAGUCUGAACGGAACGGAGAACCAACGAUCGGAAAGUUCCUGAAUGGAUGGAGCUUUCUUUCUAGUUCGGUGAUAUAGCACGUAGGGAACAUUGCCAAAGGAAAGCCGACAGUUUCGGUAGGAUUUUUACGAUACACUCGUAAAAGUUUCGGCUAUUCCCGAACGAGGACACAACCGUUUGGAACUGUUCCUGCGGGAUUCAAUUGGGACCCUCUCAUCUUUGAAAGCGAUUGCGUUUCAACGGUGACUACGGGAGGAUUGUACAAUUGUCAAUGGAGGUUUCCUAGCAACGAGCAACUUGGAUAUUUGAUUAAGCCGUAAAUGCAUCAAAGCGUUGCGACCAAUAAUGGUUACAAUGUAACGUCGAAGAAUGCACGGUACAGAUACGAGUGUAUAUAAAGAAGUUAAUGAACCUUUUGAUCGGUAUUCUCGUUAAAUUGUUGUACGAGUAGUUGCCCACAGGCUGCAUAAUAAACGUUCGGUAAAAAUGUU